AUGAAUUCCAAAAACAACGAGUCGACCAAGCUUGAAAUUCGGCAAAGAAGCGCAGGAAACACCCCAGAAGAUAUCGUCAUCCAUGAAUCAAGCGACAAGGAUGAACAACUCGAUUUAGACCGAGAAAAAAAGUUGCUCAAGAAACUAGAUUGGCGUAUUGUUCCCUGGGUGUUUUGUUUGUAUUUCUUGUCUGUGGAAGAUCGAUCCAAUGUUGGUUAUGCCAUGACGAUGAAUAAAGAUCAAGGACACACAUUGAUGGAUACAGCCGGACUAACAGCUCAACAAAACAACAUUGGCCUUGGUCUAUUCUACGUUGCAUACAUUGUGUUUGAAGUGCCUUCUAAUCUGAUGAUGGCUCACGUCAAUCCUGCAUUAUGGAUUGCUCGCAUCAUGGUCACUUGGAGUAUUGUUACAGGUUGCAUGGCUGCCAUCUCCAAACCAUGGCAUUUCUAUCUGCUGCGUUUCUUGUUGGGAGUGUUUGAAGCUGGGUUUUGGCCAGGCAUCACUUUUUACAACACCCUUUGGUACAAACCUCAAGAGAUCUCUACCAGAAUCGGUGUCACUUACCUUGCUGGCCCUGCAUCGGGUGCUGUAGGAGGCCUUAUAUCAGCAGGCAUACAACUGAUUGACACCAAGGGAGGUUUGUAUGGUUGGCAAUGGCUGUUUUUGAUAUCAGGCGUUGUGUCCGCUCUAUUUGGGCUCGCUACCAUAUUCUACUUGCCAUCAACACCCGAGAAAUCAACCCGCUUUCUGAAUGAAGACGAACGAGCACGCGUCAAGAGAAGAUUGGAAUCAUCAACACAGCAGGCCAAGACGGUCGAAACUGUAGAAGAGCGCAACAUGAAGCGAAAUUUGAAGCAAGUCUUUGGAGAGCUCAGGGAUUUCAAGGUGUGGUUAUUCUGCGUUUUGUAUUUUACACCUGUCAUGGCUGCUACAUCUCUGGGCUACUUUCUACCCAAGAUUGUUCAACAGAUUGGCACAUUCAACUCAAUUCAAGUGAGUUUAAUGAGUAUUCCGCCCUUUGUGUUUGGUAUGAUCAUGGUCUAUGUGGUGACGAGAUUGAGUGAUCAUUACCACAGUCGCAGCUGGUUCAUCAUUGGAGCAUCGUGUGUGUCAUUCAUUGGAUUCUGUAUCUUGAGUUUUGCUAGACCCAUUGGAGCUCGUUAUUUUGGAUUGAUGGUAGUUGCAGGAGGCACAUAUCCUACCGUGCCAUUGAGUAUGGCAUGGACAGCUAAUUCAAAGGAGGAUCCCGUUGCCGUGGCAUCUGCAACAGGUAUUGUGUCUUCUAUAGCUAAUUUCGGUGCCCUGAUUUGUACAUUUGCAUUGUACUCUGGUUGGCCAUCAGAUGCACCAAGGUACAUUGGAUCCAAUAUGAUCAAUGGUGCCGCCAUGCUGCUUGCUGCUGUCAGCGCCUUUAUUCUAAGAAUCCAUCUGUCCAAGCUGAACAAGCAGAUUGAUAGAGAGGGCGGCAUUGGCGAACGUACCUAUAGAUAUAUCUUGUAA